AUGUCGGUGAAGCCCAUCCGAGAGCAUGCGGGGAAGAGCCUUCUGGAGAAGUACUUGCCAGAGGUCUCCGGCGGCAAGCACAAGAUGGGGUGUGCAGGUGUUCUGGUGACCCCCGGGGUGCUCGACACCACUGGGAGCCAGACCUGGGACAGCAUUCUGCAGGCGAACCCAUGGCUGAAGACGACUAACUUGGUGGCGAAGCCGGAUCAGCUCAUCAAGCGCCGUGGCAAGGCAGGCCUGAUCGCUGUGAACAAGACCUUCGACGAGGCAAAGCAGUGGGUGAUGGAUCGCAUUGCCAACUUCACGGACGUGGCUGCGACGUUCACUGGUCUUAUCAAGGCUCUCCAGGAGUAUGCCGAUGACAUCAAGGAGCACAAGAUCAAGAUCCUGAUUCGCCGAGCCGGUCCCAACUACCUUGAAGGCCUGCGCAAGGUGAAGGCUGCCAGCGACAAGCUUGGCCUCGGCAUCAAGGUGUACGGCCCGGAGACCCACAUCACGGCUGUGAUUCCCAUGGCCCUGGGAAAGAUCGAUCCUCUUCCAGAACCGGACCUGUCUGCUCCUUGCGGGCCUCCGGUUCGGAAGAUGAUUGACCUCAAGGGCAAGAAGCCCACGCCGAAGGGCCAUCCUCCUGCGCCUGCAGGCACCAAGCACACUCUCGUGACGGCCACGCCAGAGACCACAUCGAUUGUGUACGGCAUGCAAAACCGAGCGGUUCAAGGUAUGUUGGACUUUGACUUCAUGUGCAAGCGCAAGAAGCCGUCCGUGGAUGCCAUGGUCUUCCCCUUCUCCGGAAACCAUUAUGUCAAGUUCUACUGGGGCACAGAGGAGAUCCUGAUGCCUGUCUACACUACGACCAAGGAGGCGGUGCAGAAGCAUUCCAGCGCCUCUGUGUUCGUUAACUUUGCCUCCUUCCGCUCCGUGCACGAAACCUCUAUGGAGGCCAUGAAUUACAGCAGCUUGAAGACAAUCGCCAUCAUUGCCGAGGGUGUGCCUGAGCAGCAGACAAGGGACAUCAUCAAGGUCGCCGAGAAGAAGGGUGUAGGCAUCAUCGGCCCAGCAACUGUGGGUGGCAUCAAGCCUGGCUGUCUCCGCAUUGGGAACACUGGCGGCAUGUUGGACAACAUUGUGAUGUCCCGUCUCUACCGACCGGGUUCUGUUGCCUACGUUUCCAAGUCCGGAGGAAUGUCGAACGAGCUCAACAACAUUGUGUGCCGUAACUCGGACGGUGUCUAUGAGGGUGUUGCGAUCGGUGGCGACCGCUACCCUGGCAGCAGGUUCUUGGAUCAUUUCCUUCGCUACCAGGACGACCCCAACGCCAAGAUGCUGCUGUUGCUCGGAGAGGUUGGCGGAAUUGACGAGUACGACCUGAUCGACGCCGUGAAGAAGGGCCGGAUCACCAAGCCAGUCGUAGCCUGGUGCGUGGGCACUUGUGCCUCGUGCUUCACCACGGAGGUGCAGUUCGGACACGCUGGUGCGCAGGCCCGCGGCGACAUGGAGACCGCAGCAGCAAAAAACAAGGCAAUGAAGGAAGCUGGAUUCCACGUGCCAGACUCCUUCGAUCUACUUCCGGAGAUGAUCAACAAGGUCUACACCAGUUUGGUGGAGGCCGGUGAGAUUGUGGAGCAGCACGAGGGCGAGACCCCCCAGGUGCCCAUGGACUACACCUGGGCAAAGAAGCUUGGAAUGGUCAGGAAGCCUGCAAACUUUAUCUCAUCCAUCUCCGAUGAUCGCGGAGAGGAGCUGACCUACUGCGGCAUGAGCAUCUCAGACGUCUUCACCAAGGAGAUUGGCAUCGGCGGCGUUCUCUCCCUCUUGUGGUUCCGUCGCCAACUUCCUGCUUACGCAACGAAGUUCAUCGAGAUGAUUCUCAUGGUCACAGCCGACCAUGGUCCAGCGGUGAGUGGUGCACACAACACCAUCGUCACAGCCCGCGCAGGCAAGGAUCUCGUGUCCUCUCUUUGCAGCGGCCUGCUGACGAUUGGGCCUCGCUUCGGUGGUGCCCUGGAUGAUGCGGCAAGAAUGUUCGCAGAUGCACAGGGCAGCGGAGUGGCGCCCAAGGAUUGGAUCGAGAAGAUGAAGAAGAGCAACCAGCUCAUCAUGGGCAUCGGGCACAGGAUCAAGUCCCUGGCAAAUCCUGACCAGCGAGUGGAGAUCAUCAAGGGUUUCGCCAAGAAGAACUUCAACUCAACGCCCGUUCUUGACUAUGCCCUCGCAGUCGAGCAGAUCACUACCCGCAAGCGAGCAAACCUGAUCCUGAACGUCGACGGAUGCAUUGCCGUGUCGUUCGUGGACAUGAUCAGGUCUUGCGGGGCCUUCUCCAAGGAAGAGUGCGACGACCUCAUGGACUUCGGCUGUCUCAACGGACUGUUCGUUCUAGGCCGCUCCAUCGGAUUCAUCGGCCACUACCUGGACCAGCUUCGGCUGAAGCAGCCGCUGUACCGCCAUCCUUGGGACGACAUCACAUACAUCCAGGAGCUUGCUGGCCAGGGGCCGGAGUAA